UUCCUAUCUGAGUAAACAGAAGCGGUUUCAUCAGCAGCCAGGGAAUACACAGCCAAUAAAGCACGCCUGGAUUACUGUCCGCUCUGCCUGGCACAAAGCAUUCUCCUGAAGGCGAGCAGAGGAAGGGAGCAGCAAAGAAACAAACCGGUUAGAGUUUGAGCCAAACCAAACGAGCUGAUCAAGCAGCACUUUGCUGCGGAGAAAAACUGUUUGGAAACCAGUCGGUGAGAAGUCAGCAGAAUUCUCCAGAAGCAAAAGGAGGAAGGGAGACUCUUCCAGAUUCCCUCAUUGAUUACAAAGGAGGGAAAGAACCCCCCCAGACUUUACACUGAUGUGCUGCAGAGAAUCUAGUGCUGUGUCUGGUUGGAAGAGUGGGGAGGGUGGUUGCUCACCUCCCCUUGGUGGUUUGUUAUUUUUCUCAGGCGGAUCACAAGUGUGCUGGCUCUCUCUGGAUGGAUUCAGACUGGAUGGGACUGACAGAAGGAAGAAAAAAAACUGUAUGGAUUCAUGUGCUGGAAAGCUAUGGCCCCUCCCCAUGAAUCAGAGGGUCGAACACGGGGGAGUUGUCCUCAGCAAGCCCCGGCCUCUUUCUGGGAAAUGUUUUUUCCUCUUUCUUCUCCGGAACACCAACUGCUGUAUCAGAGACUUUGCAGCAAUUCAAGAGCAGGGACUUUGCAGCAAUCCAAGGUUUCCAAGUCCGGCUUUGAUCCCAGCUGUAGGUAACAUCUGCAAACAUGAACUUCCCCCUGAUCCUCUGCCUCUUGGCCGCCUACAUAGCUCGGGGGAUGUCUUUGUCCUGUGAAACGUGCCAGGCCUUUGGGAAUUCCUGCAAUGGAGAUUUGGCGAAUUGUCCCCCUGAUGAAGAUUCCUGUGCCUUCAUGCAGAUAAGUGGUGCAGGGGUGAUGCAGACAAAAAUUUUCACGAAGACAUGCAUCUCAUCAAUUAACUGCGUUCAACCCCUCUCUUCUGUCAACUUGGGCAAGGCAGGGCAAAUAUUGAGCCAGAUUACCUGCUGCGACGGAACCAACUGCCCAAAAGCCCCACCUGCCAUGCCACCCAUGAACACCACACCCAAUGGGAAGAAAUGCCCCGCUUGCUAUGCGGUGCACAGUGCCGGAAGUGUUGAGUGUGAGGAGCAUACCAUUGAGUGUGCCGGAGAUGAGAACUAUUGCUUCGAGAUUACUGGAACUGCAAACCUGGGAGGAGUGACUGGAGAUAUGGUCAUGAAAGGUUGUACCAGCUCGGUUUCGUGUAACAGAACACAGACCAGUGGAUCAUUUGGUUCGUUCAGCAGUGUAACAAAAACAUUUUGCGUACCAGCAACUGGGUCAGCCAGCUUUGUUCGGCCAUUGUUUGGAUUCCUCCUCCAAGCCUUCAUUGGACUUUUGCUUCUGAAAGUUCUCAAUGUAUCCAGGACGGCGGGUGAUUCUUCACGUUGGAAUUCCACCAGGCCUCCUUCGCUUGGUGAUUAUGCAAUGCAAAACACUGGAUCCAACCCCCUCAACAGGCCUCCACAGGAAAGCCGUUAUUCCUGCCUCCUGUUUGGAUUGCCUUUGACCUCAGAGGCAGGGCACAGAGAAGUCGUCCUCUGCUCCCCCCCCCACCUUAUAGAACAGCUGCAGCUAGAUCAUUCACUGCGCUCAACAUUUCUCCACCUGGCUUGCGUCCAGCGGCAGCUUCAAUCUGGAAUUAUGCAUAUGUCUCUUCGUGUCUGCCUCUUGGCUGCUGUCAUAGAUCAGGGGCUUUCUUUGAUUUGUGAGGUUUGCGGAGGCCCCGGGAACACUUGUGAUGGGUCCUUAGGGUUUUGCUCACUUGGUGAAGACAAAUGUGGCAUCACUCUGAUAGAGGGCACAGGAGAUCUAGAGGUGAGGAGCGUUGUGAAAACGUGCAUCAGGUCAAAUCUCUGCGAUGACCCCUUCACUUCUGUUGAUCUCGGCAAGGCUGGAAAAACAUGGACCUUCCUUACCUGUUGCAUGGGGGAUGAAUGCCGGAGGAUCACUCCCACCCCGCCACCCUUGAACACCACACCCAAUGGGAAAACAUGUCCAGCUUGCUACGCUGUGGACAGUCUUGAAUGUGAAGAGGAGAUCAUUCCGUGUACUGGAGACCAAUUCUAUUGCCUUGAGAAGUCUGGGAGUAUAAGCCUUGGUGAAAGAAGUAUGGCGACCACCAUCAAGGGAUGUGCAAACAAUGCAUACUGUAACAAUAUGCAAGAUAACUCCUUUGAUGGGAUCAAUAAUGUCAUCACUGCCAACUGCACACUAGCAUCUGGGACAGCUAAAAUUCUUCCAGGGCUGUUUGGACUCCUCCAAGUUUUUGCUGGGCUGUUGCUUGCCAAGGCACUGAACUGAUUUCCUUGGGCGGAGAUCUGGCGAUACUGCUUGAGCAGUUCCUCCUGGCCAAUUGCUUGUGGCUCUUAGGUUGACUACUGGCCAUAGAUUUUGUAGAGAAUGUGCUGUGAAGCUCUCACUGCCCCCAGGACAAAAGAUUCACUCCUCUAUCUCUUUGUGGCCUCUGGCAGAACCAGGAAGGGGGGGCAUCUGGCCAAUGCAAUCAACCAAUGAUUGAAGGAAGAUAGAUCUGGUGAGGCUCGCCAGUUGAUAGCAGCAGUAGGGACUGGAUGAAGUGGGUCAGCAAGAGCUGCGCAUUAGAGAUGUUUCAACACCCAGCAGGAAGGUGAUCAGUGAGCUUCAUUCUGGACCACUGUUGCUAUCGUGUGUCAGCACCCUGUGGACAUAUUGGGUGCUGCCUCUGCCGAGCGUGGCAUAAUGGUUAGGAGCUGUGGGUCCUAAUCUAGAGAACUUGGUUUGAUUCCCUACUCCUCCUCAUGAGCAGUGGAUUCUUAGCUGGUGAACCGGAUUUGUUUCCCCACUUCUACACGUGAAGCCUUCUGUGUGACCUGGGGCUAGUCACAGUUCUCU